GCCAGAUUGUAUCAUCUUUCCCUCAAACAGAUAUCCUGAACGAUAUGUUUCAUGUCUAUCAGUCUAGGGUUUUAUUAUUGAUCGAAAAAAAAGUGAAGAAAAGCGUGAGUUUAUGGAGGUUCGCAUCAAAGAUGCCGAAGUUGGCAGCACCUUAUGCCAACGCAAAUUGACCGACGGCAGUUAUGUACUAAAAGAUGCGGUCGUUCUCGAGUACAAAACACCAUCCGGCGAAAUGGUCAAGUUGAAAGCACCGAUUGAAGGUGUUGUGACAUUUGAUCGCGCAGCAAAGAAGGGAGCGGAGAUGGUCCAAGACAUGCUAGUCGCGCGAAUAGAACCUUGUCAGCAUGCUAUUGUUAUCAAGGAUAUGUGUGCUACAUGUGGUCGUGAUCUUAGAGAGAAGAACGGAAGAGCAGGACAGAGACGAGAGGAUUCCACCGCUAAUGUAUCGAUGAUCCAUCAUGUACCAGAGCUUAUUGUAUCUGACGACCUGGCAAAACAAAUUGGCUCUGCCGACUUCAAAAAUGUCCUUUCAUCUCGCAAGCUAGUCUUGUUAGUGGACCUGGACCAAACUAUAAUUCAUACCACUAAUCGUCCAUUCAAAAUCGAUCCAAACGUGCAUCAUGACAUCCACACAUACAUGAUGUUUGGGAUGGAGUAUCAUACAAAAUUACGACCCUACACUCGUGAGUUUCUUGAUCAUAUGAGCACACUGUACGAGAUGCAUGUGAUUACAUACGGACAACGGCAAUAUGCUCACAAAAUUGCUGAGAUUCUAGAUCCUACAAAAACAUUGUUCGCCCAGAGGAUCAUGUCCAGAGACGAACUAUUCUCGGCACAACAUAAGACAAGAAAUCUGAGAGCAUUGUUUCCCUGUGGAGAUCAGCUUAUCGCAAUCAUCGACGAUCGUGCAGAUGUAUGGCAAUUUUCUGAAGCUCUGAUUCAGGUAAAGCCCUACAGGUAUUUCAAGGAAGUUGGUGAUAUCAAUGCACCUGCUGGAAAAUCAAAAGAGAGCCUACCUCCUAUUGACAUAGAAGAAGAUGCAGAAAGCGAUCGAACCUUGGAAUACAUAGAAAAGAUGUUAACGGAUGUGCACUCGAAUUUCUACAAACAUUAUGAUAAAACGCAGGAAGUCAGGGAUGUCAAGGUUGUCAUAAGUUACCUGAAAAAGCAAGUGUUGCGUGGUCUCGUAAUCGUGUUAUCCGGAGUUGUUCCGCUCGGUGUGAGACAUGAACAUUCGGAAGCUUAUCGGCUUUGUGUACAAUUCGGUGCAACUGUAGCGGAUCAAGUGACUGAGCAAACAACACAUUUGAUAGCCGUACGAUGGGGAACAACGAAAGUCAUGGCUGCAUGCAGAAUGGGCAUCCCCAUUGUAACACCUCAUUGGCUUUACGCAUGCGUCGAAAAGUUGAUGAAGGCGGAUGAGAAAGAAUUUGAGUUAACGAAAGAUUCUAAACCACCUGAAGGGCGUCCACUGGGAGGUAAAAUAAUUCCUGAACUGACCAGUAUUGACGCCAUGAAGAAGGAAACAAUUGCUGCUAUGGAACAUGAGGUUGACGAAGUCUUAUCAGAGGACGAUGAAGAUGAGGAAGAGCAAGAGGAAGUGCUCAAGCGAAGACUGAAUGGCGGGGAUGGUAGCGGAGAUGAUGAAGAUGGGAUCGAAUUGGAAUUGGCAAUGAAACGUGCCCGAUGGGAACGCGAGGGCAACUUUGAGACGCCUGAGGAAUCCCAAGAUAACGUCGAUGUCCAUGCUGAUGAUAGCUUUGCUGAAGACAACUAUGAUGAAGAAAGAAAUGGAUCGGAUGGAGAAGAUAAAGAAGUAAUACCCGUGGAUGACGAAGAGACCCGUGAUGUCCCAUAUAAUGAUGAUGAUGACGAAGACAUUGAAGAUAUGGCGGCUUUGAUAGAGAGGAUGGCUUUGCAUUUUUCUUGUUCAUUUCCCUUGCACUAUGCGAGAUUCAUGCAACGUCACCUAAUGCUCAGGUUAAAUCCCAUCCCGAAAAAGUUGCCUUUAUUUUGA